AUGGUCUCUGCCAAGUCUAUGAUCCUUGCUGCCGCCCUGGCCACCGCUGCUGUUGCCGCUCCUGCCCCCAACGCUGCCCCUGCCCCUGCCCCUGCUCCUGUUGUUCUCAACGAGCGUGCCUACGAGGAGUUGGCCGCUCGAACAGUCGAGGUCUACACUGCCCACGCUCUCCAGGAGCGAGGCCUUCUUGAUCUGGUCGGCUCUCUGACCUCCAUUGUUGGCGUGGUCAUCAAUCUGCUGGUUGGAUCUGUUAACUCUAUCAUCAAACCUGGCUCUGCCUCUGCUGCUGAGGUUCUGGCCAAGACCUUCACCGACCUCACCACCGGUCUCAACAGCGUCGUAGCCGCUCUCGAGGACCUUCCUCUGCUCGGACCCGUGAUCGGACUCCUUGUUCCCAUCAUCCUCUCUCCUCUGGUUCUCAGCAUCACCACCACUCUCGAGAAGAUUGUGGUUCUGCUUGUUGACGAUGUCGACAAGGCAGUGCUUGGCCCCGUCCUUGACGUUCUGCCUGCUCUCCUCGGAACUCUUGAUCAGGUUCUCAACACCCUGCUCGGUGACGUGCCUCUUCUCAGUGGCCAGGUCAACCCCGCUCUUGCCCUGGUCGACAAGGUUAAGGGCCUCCUCGCUGGUCUUGGAAUCUCUCUUUAA